CACAACCAACGCCAGUCCUUCCUCUGUCUCUCGUUCUCGCUCUCAGUUGACAUCACCACCACUACCACCAUCACCACCACCACGCCAUUCUCCUUGACGUCUACCGCCUCCUCCACUCCUUCACCUUCGCCCCGGUCCGCAUACGACGACGACGACGACUCUCCUCCCCCGCUUGUCGACCGCAUAGCUGGCCGACUUGCCCCCAAUGCUAUCUUCUGUCCGCCCCCAAUCCCGCCAACAUGACUGAAGUCGUCGCCAAUGGCUCUAGCUCUGGCUCCGGCUCCGGCUAUGCCGCUCUCGAUUUCUCGGCUACCAGAUCAGCUCUGACAUCGUCCUCCACCGCCACCAGAAUAGCGCACCUGCGCACGCUUGAGGAUAGGAUAUCCAACACCGACAGCGACCCGGACCAGGCCUGGGCACGCAGGUUCGUCCAGCUGCUCUUCUGGACACACGCCUUCUACACCGACAGACCUUCCCGACUCGCUGUUCAGAAAUGUCUUUCUGCCCUUCUUGCCAACGGCCUCGAGCCCGAAGUCCUCUCCGCUUUUGUGGCCGCCGUGCGCGCCGAGUCGCAGAAGUCCGGAAUCGCUGCGAGCAAUGCCUUCGUCCUGGUUGAGUGGUGCAGCUUGCUCAUGCAGCACCUCGCAAAGACGCCCGAAUGGGAUAGGCUGGCCCCUCAAGUCCUCCUGAGUGACGCUGAUGCUCUGGAUAAAUGCCUGCUGCCCGCCGCCAAGGGUGGUAUGGCGCAUUCCGCUAUCGUUGUUACCCGCAGAGGACUGCGCAAACUCUUUGCCGCCCACCCAAGCCCCGAGAAGGCCCUCAAGGACGCCGUGCAGCUGUUGACUACCAAGGCCGCCCAACCGUCGGCGAAGAAUUCUCCUCUUCUUGGCAUCAUCGCUGGCGUCAGCUCGAGAACGCCCGCCGUCAAGGCAGCCCUCGAGUCCCAAAAGCCUCAAUACUUCGCCUUCUACACCAGGGAGAUUAUUGGCUCACGGACGUCCCUGCCCAGGCAUGUCGCAUCGGGUCUGCGUGACUUCUUCCACGACUUCGUCUCUCUCGACGAGCUCGCCAAGGAGGUGAUUCCGCCUCUCGAAAAGGGUCUGCUCAGAGCCCCCGAGAUUGUCUUGAGUGACGUCCUGAUCCCUCUGGUUCGCUCCCUUCCCGAGGAGUACGACCUUUCCCAAGUCCUGGCGGGCAACUUGUUGAAGCCUAUCCUUUCCAACGUCAAGUCAAGCAACGUUGUUACCCGCACUGGCGCUGUCAAGGCCUUCGGCGUUCUGGCUGCCCAGAGCCGCGAUCAACAGGCUCUGGAGAAGGUCUCGGAAGAGAUUGUUGCGCCCGUCAAGGGCGGAAAGCUGGCAUCAGCAGACCACAGGAUCCUCCAUUGUGAGAUGCUCGAGGCUAUCCCCCUCUCCAAGACCACCGCCGAUAAGAUUGCGACAGCAUUGGCGGCUGUCUCGGCCAAGGAGGGAAACGAGGCCGCGCUCACCGUCGAGACAUCGGCACUCGCGAGAUCGGCUGGUUAUCUGUUGCAGAAUGACGCCGAAGUGGCCAAGUCCGUUGUGGAUGCAUGCGUCAAGGGCAUCUCUGACAAAAAGUUCCCAACUCGUCGCGUCUGGCUACUGCGCGUCGGAGAAAUCUUCAACUCGGCUGCCGGCUUGGGGGAUCUCUCUUCGGCCACGGUCAAGUUUGCCGAAGCUGUUUUGCCCAAGCUUCUAGAUACUUACAAUGAAGUCGUCGCAAACCCCUUGACUGCCGCGCAAAACAACCUGACGGUUGGUGCCUUCAUUGUUACCACCCUCACCUCUCUAUCGCAGCAAAGUGACGUGUCUUCGACCGUCAAGUCGGCACUCGCCAGGGUCUCCAUCCCGGCCCAGUGUCUCGCACUCGAGCCCAAGCCUUCGUUCCUGCUGAACCCUCGUAUCUACGGCAAGAUCAUCGUGGAGGAUGAGCUCAUUUGGUUCUGUCGAGCACUGUCGGUCGCUGCAGAACAUCUGACUGAGAAUACCCCCAAGCCGGUCACCGUCGCCUGGGCUGAAGCAUUCAUCUACGUCAUUGGUGCCUCGGUGGUCACCCCCAAGGUCCGACAGAUUGCAACGGAUAGCUUGUCCCGGGUGUACGCUACCAGACCGGCCCUUGUCUCCCAAGCCGUCGUCGACGGCAUUUGGCACUGGCUCGAGACUUUGGAAACCGGCGACAAGGACAGCGCAGCGGUUUUGUCCAAGACUGACAAGACCAAUCUGUACUUAGCCCUCCGUGCGAUCUGCAUCAACCCCAAGGGCCUGAGUGAGCAGGAACAGAGCGCCGUGAGAGACGUCGUGGACAAGCAGCUUUGCUCGCUGCUCGUUCUCGCCCGCCACGAACUCGUGCCCCGAACCAGCUGGAUUGAACUCUGCUUGCGUGUGGAGAGGGACCCGGGAGAUCUGGCUCGUCAGAUCGAGGGCGACCUGCUCCAGGAGAUCUCGGACAGAACCUCCAUCGACCAACAGUCGGAUCUUGUGAAGCAGGCUGCCUGCAACGCCGCAGCCGAGCUCGCUUUCGUUGCCCCAGACUCCAUGACUAGUAAGAUUGUUGACUUUAUCCGAAAAGACCUGGAACCCGAGGAACUGCGAACCAUUGGUCCCGUAGAGGCUGCCAUUUUCCGAACUCCUGAGGGAACCGCCUUCGUGGAUGUCCUCGCGAAAAAGGCACAGACGACUGUACCUGACAAGAACAACAAGGACUACGACAUCCUGAAAUGGGAGGCCGAGCUGAGGACGCAGCUGGCGCAGAAGAAGGGUCAGCAGAAGAAGCUUACGGCGGAGGAGACAGCCAAGGUCAAUGCCCAGCUCAAGAAGGAGGCAGGUAUCCGAGAGCAGGUCCGUCGCAUCGAAGCAAGAUUACUACGCGGCAUUGGCAUCGUCCAAAGUCUUGCAACCGGCCCUCCUACCGAAGCCUCCCUCUGGAUGGGGCCCGCCGUUAAAGCACUUCUGGACGUGAUCGACGCUGGCGCCAGUCUUCUUACAGGCGAUGCUGCACCCCUUGCCUACCUGGCUUGCUCGGACCGAAUCACCAGUCGUUUGGGUCCCAUGAGGCCCUUUGUCGGAGCGGCAACCCUGCGUGCUCGAGGCGUUACCACACUUUCCGAGGACUACAAACAGGAGCCUGUCGACGAGCUUGUGACCAGAGUGCUCUACCGACUGCGUUUUGCCGGAGAGCAGCGUCCUUUCGACACCGUGUCUCUCAUCUACGUCCUUCCCCUGGUCUUCACCGUCCUCGAGAGCGGUGGCUUCGGCUCGUCCCCCGAUGACCGAGACGCACAGCUCGUCCUUGCCAUUGAGUUCCUGUCCUUCCACACCAAUACUUGCGAAGACCUAGCAACCCCUCGGCUGGAGGUCAUGUCCUCGUUGAUCUUGUCCAUGCAACAGUACACUCAGCAUUACAAGAUCAUCAAGGAUUGCUUCGCUGACAUGUGUCGAUGCGUCGCCCCCAAUAUGACCGCCGAGGAAAUCGCGUCUCUGGCCAAGGGAGCCAUUGUGCCCCAGGUCAGCGUACGAACCGCAGUAUUGCAAGCCAUCAGCUCGGAAGUCGACAUGAGCGACUUUGACUUCUCUGACGAGAUAUGGCUGGCCUGCCACGAUGACGUCGAGGAGAACGUCGAGCUUGGCCGCGAUAUAUGGGAGGAGAGCGGCUUCGCGUUGUCCGAAGAGGUCCCGGCCAAGAUGCUUCCCUACCUGGACAGCGUUGAUGGCCAGCUCCGAAGGGCAGCAGCACGAUCCCUGGCCGAGGCUUGCACAGCCCACAAGCCCACUCUCGAGCCGACAUUGGAGUCUCUCAAAAACUCGUACACCGAGCUCGCCAAGCCCCGCGUUCCUCAGUUGGACGAGUACGGCAUGCCCAAGAAGACCAACCUGGCAGAUCCCUGGGAAUCGCGGCACGGCAUCGGGUCUGCCUUCAGGGAGCUGACCCCUCACAUGGCAAAGCAGCAGCUCGAUCCUUUCUUCGAGUUCCUCAUCGAGAAGGGGCCUCUUGGUGACCAGAACGCAAACGUCCGCAGCGAGAUGCUGGAUGCCGCCAUCCGGGCCAUUGAUCUUCACGGCAAGGGCAUGGUUGAAAAACUGAUGAAGGUGUUUGAGCGCACGCUGGAAGGACCUGACAAGAACACAGAGUCCUCGGACCGUGUCAACGAAGCCGUCAUCAUCAUGUACGGCGCACUCGCCCGCCAUCUGAACCCGGGCGACUCCAAACUUCCGGUCGUCAUUGACCGCCUGCUGGUAACCCUGAGCACGCCGUCGGAGACGGUGCAGUACGCCAUUGCCGAAUGCCUGCCGCCGUUGGUGCAGGCGUACGGAGACAAGUCGUCAAAAUACUUCUCGCAGGUCCUCGAGACGUUGCUGACGUCCAAGAAGUAUGCCGAGCAGCGAGGUGCCGCUUACGGCCUGGCUGGACUCGUGCAAGGCCGCGGCAUUUCAUCACUGAAGGAUCAGCGCAUCAUGAUGACACUCAGAGGCGCCAUCGAAAACAAAAAGGAAGCAAACCAACGAGAGGCAGCAUUCCUCGCAUACGAGCUUCUUUCCACCAUUCUGGGCCGCCUCUUCGAACCCUACGUCAUCCAGAUCGUCCCGCAGCUGCUCACCGGGUUCGGUGACAGCAACGCCAACGUCCGAGACUCGUGCCUGGCGGCGGCAAAGGCCUGCUUUGGCAAGCUGAGCUCGUAUGGUGUCAAGAAGAUCCUCCCCACCCUGCUGAACGGCCUGGACGACGACCAGUGGCGCAGUAAGAAGGGAGCCUGUGACCUCCUGGGAGCCAUGGCCUAUCUCGAUCCCAACCAGCUGGCCCAGAGCCUGCCGGAUAUCAUCCCGCCCCUCACGGGUGUUCUCAAUGACAGUCACAAGGAGGUUCGCUCCGCCGCCAACAAGAGUCUGAAGAGGUUCGGCGAGGUCAUAAACAACCCCGAGAUCAAGGGCCUCGUCGAUAUCCUGCUCAAGGCGCUCAGCGACCCGACUAAGUACACGGACGAAGCCUUGGAUUCCCUCAUCAAGGUUCAAUUCGUGCACUACCUGGACGCGCCCUCCUUGGCGCUAGUCACUAGGAUCCUGCAGCGCGGCUUGGGCGACCGGUCCAACACCAAGCGCAAGGCGGCACAAGUCAUUGGCAGUCUGGCGCAUCUUACCGAACGCAAGGAUCUUGUCUCGCACUUGCCGAUCCUCGUCGCAGGACUCAAGCUCGCCAUCGUCGACCCGGUCCCCACGACCCGUGCCACGGCUUCCAGGGCUCUGGGAUCCCUGGUGGAGAAGCUGGGAGAAGACGCGCUGCCGGAUCUCAUUCCGGGACUCAUGCAAACCCUCAAGGCAGACAACGGCGCCGGAGAUCGCCUCGGCUCUGCCCAAGCCCUCAGCGAGGUGCUUGCCGGCCUGGGCACCACCAGACUUGAGGAGACUCUCCCGACCAUUCUGCAAAACGUCGAAUCCACCAAGCCGGCGGUUCGCGAGGGCUUUAUGUCCCUCUUCAUCUUCCUUCCCGUCUGCUUUGGCAACAGCUUUGCAAACUACCUGGGCAGGAUCAUUCCGCCCAUCUUGUCUGGUCUUGCCGACGACGUCGAGUCCAUCCGUGAGACCGCCCUCCGUGCCGGUCGGCUCCUCGUCAAGAACUUUGCCGUACGCGCCGUCGAUUUGCUGCUUCCCGAACUUGAGCGUGGCUUGGCCGACGACAACUACCGUAUCCGACUCAGCUCCGUCGAACUCGUUGGCGACCUCCUCUUCAACCUUACUGGCAUUAGCGGCAAGACAGAGGACGGAGACGAGGACGAGGAAAGUGCCAGGGAGGCCGGUGCGUCCCUGCGUGAAGUUCUCGGCGAGGAGAAGAGGAACAAGAUCCUUUCGGCCCUCUAUGUAUGUCGCUGCGAUACUGCCAACGCGGUUCGCUCCGCUGCCGUUGCCGUGUGGAAGGCCCUGGUCCCGAGCCCGCGCAUUCUCAAGGAGUUGGUGCCGACUCUUACUCAGCUCAUCAUUCGGCGCCUGGGCAGCUCCAACAUGGAACACAAGGUCAUUGCCAGCAAUGCUCUCGGCGAAUUGAUCCGCAAGGCAGGCGACGGCGUCCUGUCCACUCUACUGCCAACUCUCGAGGAAGGGUUGCAGACAUCCACGGAUACAGACGCGAAGCAGGGUAUCUGCCUCGCGCUCAAGGAGCUCAUUGCUUCGGCGUCAGAGGAAGCUCUGGAGGACCACGAGAAGACGCUCAUCUCCGUCGUCAGGACGGCUCUUACCGACUCGGAUGUGGACGUCAGGGAGGCUGCCGCAGAAGCGUUCGACUCGCUCCAAAACAUUCUGGGCAAGAAGGCGGUGGACCAGGUGCUCCCCUACCUGCUCAACCUCCUUCGGUCCGACGAGAACGCCGACAACGCGCUGUCGGCCCUGCUCACCCUUCUCACGGAGACGACUCGCUCCAACAUUAUCCUCCCCAACCUCAUUCCCACGCUCAUCACCCCUCCCAUCUCCGCGUUCAACGCCAAGGCUCUGGCAUCCCUGUCGAGGGUGGCCGGUGCCGCCAUGAACCGCCGGCUGCCGAACAUCAUCAAUUCCCUGAUGGACAACAUCAUCAACUGCGAGGACGACGCUCUGACCGAGGAUCUCGAGAAAUCAUUCGAUACCGUCAUCCUGUCCAUCGACGAGUACGACGGGCUCAAUACGGUCAUGAACGUUCUGCUGCAACUCACAAAGCACGACGACCACCGCAGACGCGCCGCCACCACCCGCCACCUGUGCAAGUUCUUCGCUGCCGGCGACGUGGACUACUCGCGUUACAACCAGGACAUUGUCCGGUCUCUUCUCAUCUCCUUUGAUGACAGAGACCAGGAUGUCGUCAAGGGAGCCUGGGCUGCGCUCACUGAGUUCACAAAGAAACUCAAGAAGGAGGAGAUGGAGGGCUUGGUCGUCUCAACUAGGCAGACUCUGCAACAGGUGGGCGUUGCCGGCGCGAACUUGCCCGGUUUCGAGCUACCCAAGGGCAUCAACGCCAUCCUGCCGAUCUUCCUACAGGGCCUCAUGAACGGCACCCCCGAUCAGAGAACACAGGCAGCCCUGGCCAUCUCCGACAUUGUCGACCGGACGAGCGAAGCUUCGUUGAAGCCGUUCGUCACGCAGAUUACAGGUCCUCUCAUUCGUGUGGUUUCCGAGAGAUCCACCGACGUUAAGUCGGCCAUCUUGCUGACUCUUAACAACCUCUUGGAGAAGAUGCCUGCGGCUCUCAAGCCGUUUCUGCCACAGCUCCAACGUACUUUUGCCAAGUCUCUUGCGGACACGUCGAGCGAGAUCCUGAGGGCGCGCGCUGCCAAGGCAUUGGGCACCCUCAUCAAGUACACGCCGCGCAUCGACCCGCUGAUUGCCGAGCUCGUUACGGGCUCUAAGACUUCGGAUCCUGGAGUCAAGACGGCCAUGCUCAGCGCGCUCUACGAAGUCAUUAGCAAGGCUGGCGCGAACAUGGGCGAGGCGUCACGGACCGCCGUCUUGGGGCUCAUUGACAUGGACACCGACGAGAGAGAUGACGCCAUGACGAUCACAAACGCCAAGUUGCUCGGAGCGCUGAUCAAGAACGUGCCCGAAGAGGUUGCCAACGGACUGCUCAAGAACCGUGUGGUGACAAGCCAUUGGAGCCACUCUUCGGCGCUUGCGUUGAACGCCGUCCUCGUCGAGUCUCCCCAAAGCCUACUAGAGAGUCCUCUGGUGGACGACUUGCCCGAUAUCCUCAGCCAGGGCAUGUCGAACAAGAACCCUUACAUCGCCGACAACGUUAUUCUUGCCACGGGCAAGUAUCUUCUUUCCGAGUCUACCAAGACUUUCGAGACAAACAAGAAGAUGUUCGAGGCGCUCGCCAAUGUCAUUCAACCCGGGAACUCUACUGACUCCCGCCGACUCGCUUUGGUCAUUGUCCGAACCAUGAGCCGCGUAAACAUGGACAUGGUGAGGCCGCAUGUCGCUGCUCUCGCGGGCCCCGUCUUUGCCAGUGUCAGAGACCCCGUCAUCCCUGUCAAGCUGGCGGCGGAAGCUGCUUUUGUGGCCCUUUUCAACGUCGUGGACGACGAGACUAGAGUGUUUGACAAGUACGUCGAAGGUGCCAACCUGCCGCCGAACACCAAGAGGAGCAUGCAGGACUACUUCAAGCGCGUAACGAUGCGACUGGGCGCGCAAGCACGUGAGCGUAGAGAGGCAGAGGGUGGCCAGGGAGGCCUGGGUCUGUCAAACGAUGAGGUUGAGGACGAAAGGGAGAUUUGGAGUGUGGGCAAGGUCGACGUGGGCGAAGACGUAUUUGGCAAGGAGUGAUCAGACAAACCAGAUGGAUGAAUCUUUGGCGGCGGACGAGGGUGUGGGGGGUUGGUUGAUUUGAAGUUACAAAAGUUUACAUUGAUCAGACAUAUAAUGUCACAUGCAAGAAACAGUGGUUUAGCUGCCGCCGCGGUCUGAGCCGACACACUGAGAGAUGUUUGAUAUGAAGGUGCGUUGUUACGGGCUUCCUUCUCUUCUCUUCUCUCCCUCACUUCAGGAACUGGGCGGCGAUAGUAAGGAGGGGGAUGGGCAAUAGAUGGACUUGGGGGACAAUGAGA